AUAUUAUUUCGAUAAUCGUCCUUGACCUGAGAAGCGUUGAUUAUUGUCUCGUGCUUUUUCGGCUACGAAGAAUACGAUGUUUGUUCACGACGCCGGCGCCGUUAUAGAAAUGUUCAAAAAUAGCUUUCCCUACUCUCUUAUCUACUUUAUUCCUUUAUUAGUCAUUAUUGCGCCAACGAACCCGGUUUCGGCAGCCCAAGAAUUCGCUGUCUACCGAAUGCAACAUUUCGACCUUCAAAACACUGUUUAUGGCAGUCGCGGAGCCCUUGUUAAUGUUGAAGCUCGAUCGAUUGAUGCCCGCAUGUUGACUCGCCGUUGUGUCCUGGCUAAAUUAGCGGAAGUUACUGCCGAAAAAAUUCGGGAUAUGCUUACGCAAAAUGCGGCCGGUAUUAUGAUUAUAUUACCAGCAAAAUUAUGGGAAAUGGGAAAAGAAGAUCAGGAUCAUUUAUUGAAUUUAGAAAAAGAAUUAAUGAGCGAAGAAAUAUCUAUGCCAAUAUAUUUUACGACGACAACAGAGGAAAUCGAAAAAAUUUACAAUGAUGUGAAAGUUGCCGUAAAUAGUGAUCAAUCGCCAUCAGCAGCAGAAGCAAUUAUAAAGUCAGCUUCUGCAAACGGCUAUCAAAUUGUCAUUAAUGGAGCUAAUGUUAGAGCAAUGAACGACUAUCAAUUGACGAAUAUCCAUGCAAAAUUGACAGGCAAUGGAGUAGAAGAACAAUUACCUACUAUCGCUCUAGUAGCUCAUUACGAUUCUACAGGAAUUGCACCGGGUUUGGCUAAAGGAGCAGAUUCUAAUGCUUCUGGUGUUAUUGCCCUACUAGAAAUUGCAAGACUUUUCUCCAAACUAUAUAGUAGUUCACGCACUCAUGCCAAAUUGAACAUAGUAUUUCUUCUCUCAAGUGCGGGAAAGUUUAGUUAUCAGGGAACGAAACGUUGGAUUGAGGAGCAGUUGGAAAGCGGUGAAAAUACACUUCUUCAAGAUGUUUCAGUUGUUUUGUGCAUUGACUCUAUUGGAAAAGGCAACGCAAUAAAUAUGCAUGUUUCAAAACCACCUAAGGAGUUUUCAAGUGCCCAUGCAAUCUUAAACCUUUUAGAAUCUGUGUCAGCCGAAAAUGGUAUUCAAGCAACAAUGAUACACAAGAAAAUUAACUUGGCCAAUGAAUUCCUAGCCUGGGAACACGAACGUUUCAGUAUUCGUAGGAUACCGGCGGUCACUUUAUCGGCUUAUGAAACGCAUAAAGGGUCCUUGCGACAAUCGAUUCUCGAUACACGCGAAAAUGUUGAUGUUAGUGUCCUCUCACGAAAUAUUCGAAUUUUGGCCGAAGUUCUUGGUCGAUACGCUUAUGGCUUAACUCCGAAAAAUAAUACGGAAAUCAUAAGAGAUAGUUUGAAAGUUGACGAAGAACUAGUUUCAUCUUGGUUGUCAGUCUUGACAAACGAAUCGAGAGCAGCUCAAAUCCUUCAUCAUAAGCAUCAUUUAGUUCAUUCUUUAUAUUACACAUUAAAUAAAUAUUUAAAAGACGCUAAGAAAACUUACAUCAAGGCAGACAAAAGAGAUCCUGAGUUUAUUUUCUACGAUGGACACGAAUAUGUAGUCAACAUUUACAGCAUUAAGCCUGCAGUGUUCGAUUUGUUUUUAGCUGUGGCUAUUGCCGGUUAUCUUGGCGCUUUAUACCUAUUCCUUGCUGUAAAAUUUCAACAUCGUAUUCAAGAUAAUGCGCCUUAUAUCACCAAACAUUAG